AUGGCGCUUCUCGCCUCACUCCUUCGGAGCGAAAAGCGACCCGUAUUUCUUGAAAUCCGUUCAUCGGCCGGUCUCAUUGUCACGACGGCUUCCUUUGCCACAUUCACUGACGUCUUCUUAUACGCGGUCAUUGUCCCCGUGCUACCGUUUUCCUUGUCUAGCCGCGCCGGUGUCGCUGAAGAUCAAGUUCAGUACUGGAUCUCGAUAUCCCUGGCUGUCUAUGGAGCCGCCCUCCUUGCUUCAUCCCGUACGUGCUAUGAACCCUCCCACCACGUCGAGCAACUCCCAACUGACCUUUCAUCUCGUGCCGCAGCCAUCUGGGGGUAUCUCGCGGACCGGAUCCGCAACCGCAAGAUUCCCAUGCUGAUCGGCCUGAUAUUCCUCACCGGUUCCACCGUGUUCCUCUGCUUGGCCACUAACAUCGCCAUGCUGCUGGUCGGGCGCGCGCUACAAGGCUGCUCUGCGGCCCUCACAUGGACAGUUGGCCUCGCUCUCGUCGUGGAUUCAGUGGAUGCCAGUCAACUCGGAAUGGCAACGGGCUGGGUCGGCAUGGCCACCAGUUUGGGGGUGCUCCUCGCGCCUCUGUUGGGCGGUCUCGUCUACGAGCAUGGUGGCUACUACUCCGUAUUCGCCAUGUGUUUCGGCAUUCUUGCUGUAGACAUCGCACUUCGAAUAGCCAUCAUUGAGGUCAAGGAAUCCAAGAGGUGGAUAGACAAGACACCUGUGCAGAGUGCUACCGAGACGUCUGGUGCUAUCGAGGAUGUUGUUACUAAAACAGGAGAUGACGCUGUCCAGCGCCUUGGUAAGGACAACACGAUGACGGAGAUGUCUGAGGAAGCUACUCCCACUCAUAACCAACCACCGCCAGCCUCCAAACACAACCAUGUCAUCGGACCCCUGAUCGGGUUGCUGCGCAAACCAAGACUCCUCGCUGCUCUAUGGGGCACUCUGGUCCACGCCAUCAUCCAGACGUCGUUUGACAGUACACUCCCUCUCUUUGUCAAAUCGACCUUUCACUGGGACUCGACUGGCGCAGGAUUGGCCUUCCUCCCGUUGGUGGCUCCCUGCUUCAUCAGCCCACUUAUCGGUAUCAUGAACGACAAGUACGGGCCCAAGUGGCUCGCAACAAGCGGCUUCAUCAUCGCUACGCCGUUCCUGAUUUGUCUCCGCUUCGUGUCCGAGGACAGUAUCAAUCACAAGAUCAUGAUGUGCGGACUGCUGGUGGGUGUCGGGCUGGCCGUCGCCCUGGUAUUUGGUCCGCUGAUGGCGGAAAUCUCCUGGUCGGCAGUCGACGGCAUGGAUCCGACGCAAGACGACAUGUCAGCCGUGCCCUACGCACAGGCAUACGGGCUGUACAACAUGGCGUUCUCGGGCGGGUGUAUGCUCGGGCCCAUAUUGGGCGGCCUGAUCAGGGACAGAGCUGGAUGGCCCACAGUCUGUUGGGUCCUAGGGUUGAUCACGGCGGCAUCGACAAUCACACAAGCCCUCUGGAUCGGAGGGCCUCUGAAACUGAAGCUGCCAGGGCGAGCUGGUGAGUCGUCGUAG